UGUACAAACCGUGUUACGCGCGCUAUUCAUUUUCGUUUUCUCCCUCCCCACCUCUUUUUCGAACGGUUCGUUGCACGAUGAUCGUCCAGUUUCAAUUCGUUAUUCAAAGCGAUCACAUCGGAUUUUGGUCGUUCCGAACUGGAGAGUGAACACAGUUCAAAGAGUGGCAUUCUCAAUGUUCGCCCAUUUUGCAAUCCAUUGGGUUGAAUAUUCUUAAGCGCUGUGUUUAUUUUUUCUACUUUGUUUAUAACAAAAGAAUAUAAUUGAAAGGACAAAUUUGUUUUGGCCGAUAAAAAAAGUGGCAAAAUUGCAAUUUUCCAUUUGAAAGUCAAACAAAUUCAAUGUGUUCUACAUUAAAGCCAAACGAAUUCUUGAACGCAACAGCAGCAACAGCAGCAGCAACAACAACAAUAACGCUACCUAAAGCAAUAGCACAUAGGUAAAACGAACGACAACCGCUACGCACAGCGACGGAGACAGCACAACGACGCAGCAUUUCCAUUAUAGUACGGUGUGCGUUUAACACGAGUUAACAAAUAUUACGACAAAAAAAAAAUCAAAGAAUUGCUUACAGCCUUUUUUUUUCGACUGGAAAACAAAGAGUCAAAAGUGUAUCAGAAACGAACAGAAAGAAAACAAACGCAAAAUAGUACGAGCGUAUUUUUUCUACCAAUUGACACAGUGGUUUUCGAUUAUUAAUUGCAUCUGUGCACCAAAUUGAUUGGUUCGUGUGAAUAAAAUAAGUGUCACAACAUGUUUGAUGUGUUUGGCUCUGUUAAGGGGCUUUUGAAGCUCGACCAGGUCUGCAUUGACAACAACAUAUUCCGAUUGCACUACAAAGCAACAGUUAUCGUGUUGAUAGCCUUUUCGUUGCUGGUGACGUCGCGUCAGUACAUCGGAGACCCAAUCGAUUGCAUCGUCGAUGAAAUUCCACUGGGCGUCAUGGAUACGUACUGUUGGAUUUACAGUACGUUCACAAUACCGAAUCGAAUGAUUGGAGUGGCUGGUCGUGACAUGGUUCAGCCGGGUGUUGUGAGCCAUGUGGAGGGCAGCGACGAAGUUAAAUACCAUAAAUACUAUCAGUGGGUGUGCUUUGCGCUAUUCUUCCAAGCCAUGCUGUUCUACGUGCCACGAUACUUGUGGAAGACAUGGGAAGGUGGCCGCAUUAAGAUGCUUGUGCUCGACUUGAACAUGCCAAUCGUGAACGAAGAGUGCAAAGAGGAUCGCAAAAAGAUUCUCAUUAGCUACUUCCAAGAGAAUCUACGGCGACACAAUUUCUACGCAUUCCGGUUUUUCAUCUGUGAAGCGCUCAAUUUCGUCAAUGUCAUCGGACAAAUCUACUUUAUGGACUACUUUUUGGACGGUGAAUUCUCCACCUACGGCAGCGAUGUGCUACGAUUCACCGAACUCGAACCGGAGAUGCGUGGCGAUCCAAUGUCACGUGUCUUUCCAAAAGUCACCAAAUGCACAUUCCACAAAUACGGUCCAUCGGGCAGUGUGCAGAAAUUCGAUGGUUUGUGCGUGCUACCGCUGAACAUUGUCAAUGAGAAAAUCUAUGUGUUCCUGUGGUUCUGGUUCAUCAUUUUGAGCAUUUUGAGCGGUUUCUCAUUGGUGUAUCGUGCAUUGGUCGUAUUUGCACCAAAAGUGCGAUUGUAUUUGUUGCGCGCCCGAACACGACUCUCAUCACACCAGGACAUUGAACAUAUAUCGAACAAGUGCCAAAUCGGAGAUUGGUUCAUACUCUAUCAAUUAGGUAAAAAUAUUGAUCCAUUAAUUUUCAAGGAAAUCAUCACAGAGUUAGCUAUGAAAUUGAAUGGCAAACAUGACGUCUGAUCAAUUCCAUCAUCAUCACGCACGCCACGCCACACCGCCCAACACACAAAUGAUCAAUUGACAAUCGAUGCUGUUCCUAGUUUUCUCGGACCAAUGUAUACUCGCAACGUGUGUACACAGCAACAACAACAACAACAACUCACAUUUCAAUCGUGACCAUAAACAACAAAAAACCAUCGAGACUAAACUAACGCAUUUGCAUUAUCAAUAUUUCCAUCACUUAAAACGCAUAUAGCAUACAAGCAAUCUAUUCUCCUUUUUUCAAAGCACAAAAACAAAUGAUGAUAAAAUCCGAUACAUAGAACAAGAAAAAACAAUAGCAAAAGAGAUUUCUACAAAUUUUUAAUUCAUUUGAAUUAUUUUGACGGUUUUUUUUCAAUUUUUUUCUCUCAUUACGAACGUUUCAACAACGUUCGACACAAUAAGAAAAUUAGAUGUUAGUAAAUGAAUUUAUGUAGAAAUAUGAGUUCAACAUAAAAAAAACUGCCGGCUGCCCAUCGAAAAAGGAAUCAACUUUUAAUUUGCAAUGGAUUAUCCUUUUUUUAAGCAUUUAACACCUUUUCCAAUUCAUUAGGAUUUUCCUUUUUUUAUCUUUUAAUUCACAAAAACAAAUCAUUUCAACUACUACUUUUCUUCUUGCAAAUUUUAAACUCGCCGCCAUAAAGUUUAAUCGUACUUUUUGCGGAACAAAUCGGAUCCAAUGUAAGAAAUUUUGAAGGAAAUUAACAAAAAAAGAGAGAAAUGAAUACACUUUGUUUACGUAAGGAACCAACAAAAGACGAAAUCAUUCCAUUGUUAAACGCGACAACAACAACAACCACAAACACACAAAUAAAAUUCUACAAAAUGCAAUGACUUGCAAUUGAUACAAAAUCUUGAUGAUUUCAUACAAUUUAGAUUAUAAUUUAUGGAUAUACAUAUUUUUUUAAAAAAAUAAAACAACCCUUAAAUUAAGCCUCUCGUACGAAGAAGAAACAAAAAACAAGCAAAUCAAAUGAAAAGAAAAAGGAAGAGAAAAAUAUUCAGUGUGAGUGACAGUGAACUUUACAAUCAAUUUUUUGAAGAAUAUUUUACGGUAGUUUUUCGGAAAAUCUAUUACCUACUUAUUAAUGAUUUAAUUUUGGAUGUGUAUUUUAAAUCGUGAAAUGAGAUAGAUAUUAAAAUAAUAAUGAAUACGAGUAAAAACAAAAUGUGUAGCUGCGAGAAUGGCUACAUUUAAUUUAUUUUAGAAGAAAAAUGAUAACAAAAAAACGAGAGAAAUUUUUUCCUCAAAACUGAUGAUAUAAAGAAAAAUGUUAAAUAAAAAUGGAAAAAUGAUUUGAAAAAGAAAAAAA